AUGACAUUGACCAAUUGGCCAACCUGCGUGUCCUUAAUGUUGGCGCCACCCAAUUCUCUGGCAACAUUCCAGCCAGCAUCGGAAGAAUAUGUUGAAACGAAAAGAGUGAAUGAAAAGGUUGAUGUAUAUGGCUUUGGGGUUAUCCUUCUGGAGCUGACAACAGGAAAAGAAGCCAACUAUGGAGAUGACCACUCGUCUCUUGCAGAAUGGGCAUGGCAUCAGAUUCAACUAGGAAACAACAUAGAACAAGUUCUAGAUGAAGAUGUUAAGGAAAUUUCAUACUUGAAGGAAAUGUGCAGUGUCUUCAAGCUUAGGGUGAUGUGUACAGCCAAAGAGCCAGUUGGCAGGCCUUCCAUGAAGGAGGCUCUGAAUAUAUUGCUCCGCUUGAAAGAACCAUGUGGUUAUGUAGAAAUGAAUUUUGGUCAUUUUGAUGAUGUUCCUCUCCUAAAGAAUUCCAAAAGGGAGAGUAGGUUAGAUAUUGGUAAUGAUAGUUAA